AUGCAUGUACUUCUGGAUACACAAUCUACAUAUACCUAUGCAGCUAUUUCAAAUCGAACUCGUAUUGCAUUCUCUUUUCGUGAAGAUAUUGGUUUUUUUGCGCUUGAUGCUGUAUCUGUACGAAGUAUAACAGCAUCCACUGUUGAACUCAUUGCAAAUAAUGAUUUUGCAACUGGUACAAUGUCAUCAUGGACUUACUGUAAUCCAAACAGUGCAACAGCUGCUGGUGAAAUUAAGGCAAAUUCAAAUAAUUUUCAAUAUGGGAGUUAUUUUCACCAAGCCCAAUCAGGAACUCAUUUUUACACUGAUGGAGCAGUAGGAGCUGCUGAUUAUUUAAUUCAAAUGUUUUCAAAAACUCUCGAUACUAUAUAUACUAUCUCAUAUUGGUUAUACAAUAUAUGCAGUGGUACACACAUUAGUGCUGAUGUUAUAAUCAGUAUCUAG